AUGAGUUUUUACUUCUCGGACCAUAAUGUCGACGAAAACAACGAUCAACAUAAUCAUCUCUCGGGUGAUGAAGUGAUUUGGAGAAUUAUUCAACAACAUCAAGCUGGUGUUUUUGAUCUAGAUGCUCAUUCCGGAAAACCACCUGCCUCCAAUUCGUUUCUCCGAGAGAUGGAAGUGAUUUGGUUUGAUCCCGAAAAUCCAGAGCUAGCCUCACAUAAAGAUGAAGAUUGUCCAAUUUGCGGAGAGGGUUAUAAAAAAGACGAUCAAUGCCAUCAAUUGGAAUGUAAUCAUUUCUUUCAUUUGAAUUGUUUAAAGACUUGGCUUCGAAAACAUAAUACUUGUCCAAUUUGUAGGAAGGAUACAUUGACGGACUGUCCAGAGUAUGAAGAGCAGAAAUUAGAUCCCAAUAGAGGAAAGGAUAAUGUUCAUAGCAUGUACAUGUAA